UAAUGGGCAAUUGCCACGCUCAUCAUUAUGCCCGGACAUAUCGUCAGGCUGAGCAGAAUCGCCGAUUAAAGAGUUACGUUAAUCGUAUGGGGGAGCCUCUUAAUGAGGAGCAACAGGCAAAAGUCCUCAACGAUCUGCUGCAUGUGAUGCAAGUUGAUGGACUGAAAACCGAAUCGACCCAUAAUGGACACUACGACGGGAUCUAUGAUCUCAUUAAGCGAUUCGCCGAACGUCAGAAUCAGGGAAAGCGCAAAGUCGCUCCAAAUUCCCCUGACACUCCGUCAACCAGUAAAACAGUCCAGCCUGGACUGAAGAAACCGAUAGUGUCGAUUGACACUGUAAGAAGCGAAGAAACGCCGAAGACAGCUAACGCUGUGCCAGUUGUAUCGGACAGUACAGUAAAGACUGUACCAGCAACUGAUACCGUAAUCGCCGUACCGGCAGUAGUUACUGCGAAUACACCAGCAUCGACAAGCGGAACGCCGCAGAAUGAAGUAACCACGUCAGUAGAAUUACUGACAAUUCAGGAAACUCCUGAGAUAACGGAGCAGAAAGCUGCGAUGGAGACGGACGAGAAGCCGUCGCUAGAGAAUAAUUUUCUCUUCCCGUCCCGGCAAGCUUUGCGGGAAAAACAGCGGGAAUUGAUAGCCGCCGAUAACCCGGAUAGGACUCUUCUGGAAUUGGACAUUUGUGUUGUCACGAUUCCUGACAACGACGAUGAGCCGUUGUAUUUUCUCAUCCCCGCAGCUGAGGUGGAUGUUGAUAUGUGUGAGGAUAGCGGCGAAGCUAAAGCUACGUCCGCCGUACUGAGCGAUGCUCUUAAUGUAUUGAAUGCGGAACCGCAGAUGCACUAAGUUGUACAUAUGUCGUGGAUCGACGCAACAAUGCGUAUGGUUGGA